AUGGGCAUCCAUGGUGUUAGCGUCAUGCUAGAGGCUCUCAAUAAAGAUGCCCAACAUGCUACUAUCGCCAAGUUCAUUCAAAAUGAACUUGACGCUGAACGCGAGAAAGUAGCCUUGCUUCACCAACAAGGUUCUCAACAAGCAGAGUUGUUGAGAGAACAGGGUGCUCAACAGUUUGAACUGUUGAGACAGCAGCAGGCUGCUGCUGGUGGGUCGAUGCACUCGCGUCGACCCGAGACCUUGAAGAUUGACAUCUCCAAGUGUAGGGGAGUCGAAUAG